CUUGAAAGAAUUAACUAAACAUGGCCAAAAAAAUAGAAGAAAAAAGAACGAGACUUGCAGGAAUUAGAGUCGCAUUGAGUCUGAGAGGAAAUGAAGAGAAUAAGGCAGCGGCUUCUUCCCCUACACCGUCUUCCACUCCCACCACAGCUCCUCUGCUAUCAAAUUCCCGCCAUUCCUUCUUCUUCUUCUUCUUCUUCCUCCAUUUCCGAUUCUGCUCCUGCUUCUGCUUCCAUAGCUUCCGAACCCAAUACCACUCUGACCCAUGACGAGCUUAUAACAAAGAUCAACCUCCUUCUUCCUCGUCUCUGUUUCUAUAACCACCACUCUACUGCAAUCGCCCUUCUGGACGCGACUCUCCUUACAAAUCCAUCACUUCAAUCUCUUCCCCUUUCAAUUCUUUCCCAUUCCCUUGCUUCCCAAUCCGAUUUUGCCCUCACAAUGUCUCUCCUCACCCGUCUCAACCACCAUCGGAAUGCCCUUCUUUAUUCAACCCCUAUCAUCACCAUGCUUAUUUUCUCUUAUUCUAAGCGGCGGAAAUCCAAGGACGCCUUGAAGAUUUUCCAUUGGAUGCUGAGACCGGGGUCGCCGUGUAAGCCGGAUGAGAGGGUUUAUAAUACCCUAAUUGCGGGACUUUGCAGGAAGGGGAUGACACUUGAUGCUUUGAAGGUUCUCAGGAACAUGGUAAAUUCUAAUUUGGUUCCGGAUUGCGAUUUGAGGAAUUGGGUUUUUAGGUGUUUGCUGAGAGAAGCGAUGAUCGGCGAAGCAAUGGAGUUAAAUGAGACUUUGAAUUUCGUUGGUGAUCAGAAUACCAGUGACCAUCUGAGAAAGGUGUCGGAAUUGUUGGAUCGUAUCAUCACCAAUUGGAUAGACUAGAGAAGAUCUUCUAAUAUAAUGGAAAGCCUAAAGCUUAAACAGCCUCUAGCUAGAAGGAGGAGGAGGAGAAAAAAAAAAGAAAUGGAAAAAAGAAGUUAUUGUGGAAUCGUUCAUGUAUAACAAUCGGCUAUUCCAACAUGAAGCAGACGCCUAAGCUAAUGGACUACAAUAAGUUUAAUAUGGUAUCAAAGUAAUGUCAUUUCUUCUCCAAUUAAUAAUUGUUCUACUUAUUGGGUUUUCUAUAAAUUUUCAAAUUUACAAUUGAGGGGAGAGUGUUUUAUAACUCAUAAACUUACAACUUGGGUGAUUCAAUAGCUUUGAGAUUUCAGUUA